CCAGGCGGCUCUCCCGCUUUGCUCCCGAGAGCCCGGCCGGGAGGGGCCGAGCACCUUCCUCCGCUGUCAACUGGAGGAAAACGAAAGUGAAAGCGCCAGGCGCCGAGGAAACGUAACUGGAACUGGAAAUGACUCGGCCGGGAGGCUCAGGCUGCGGGCAGAGCGGCGGCGGCGGCAGAGGAGGAGACGGCACCGUGUUGUACCGGCGGCACCGCUCGCUCCUGAAAGAAAAUGGCGACCACUGAAUUAGGAGAGUCUGAUGCUUCAUACAAAUAUGUGGAGGAACUCCAGCUUCAUGCCGGGAAAAUCAAAGAGAUCUUGGUCUGGGACGAGUUACAAAGUGGACCACCUCAUGACACUGUGUUCACAACUAAUGCGAGGAUUGGGGAAAGAAUAUUUUCCCAAGCCCAGGGCAAAACAAAGAAGAAAGCUAAACAGAAUGCAGCUAAAAUUGCCUGUGUGGAAUUGGGUCUUCAAAAUGCAAGAUCCGAUCAGUCUUUUGACAGCAUUUCCCGAACACCAAGUCCCGCCAGUACGGAAAAUUACGUCAGCAAGCUCAAUGAAUACAGUCAGAAGAAAAAUGUGCGCGUUGAAUACUUUGAAGAACAAAUCAAGACCGGGAUGGAUCACGUACAGAAGUUUAGGAUCUAUGUUGUCAUUGGGAAUAAGAAAUAUCCAGAUGCCUUUGGGAGAAGCAAACAAGAGGCCAAGCGGGAAGCAGCAAAACUUGCCUAUGAGGAAAUGCAGGAACAGCAAUCGUCUUCCAAGAAUCUGGAUAAAUCACCAGUUGAAGUGAGGAGUAAGGAAGAUUCCAAGGGUGCAGCUGAAUACUCGCCCAACAACAAUCCCAAAAGUUUAACAGAAGAUCAAAUGGUGCAGAGUGAGGAGAUGAGUGAUAGAUCCUCUGGCUCAACCUCCAAUGGCAACUCCAUAGAUUUCAGCUCCAGAACGACCGCCAGUGGUUCCAAAAAUGUAAUUGGAGAAUUAAAUGAACUUUGCCAAAAGAUGAAAUGGCACCACACGUACAAGCAAGUGGACCGACGUGGGCCUUCACAUGUUCCAGAAUUCAGUAUAAAAUGUUUCAUAGAAGGAAAAGAAUUUCCAUGUGCCACUGGGAUGGCCAAGCAAGAGGCCAAGCAGAGAGCUGCCCAACUUGCUUUGGAUGAACUGAAGAGAUCCAGUGAUAUGUCUUGGGCAUCAGGGAACAUGUCAAACAGUUCUUCACACCAUUGGAUUGUAUUCAAGGCUAGUUCCACUCCUGGCGAUUCGCCCAAACCCCCAUCAUCUGAACCUUCUACACCCAGCAUGCCAAGCACAAGUGGAUCCAAAAUAAAAAGGCAAUUAGCACCGAAGUGGACUGUUGGAACGACACCCUAUCAGGACAAUGGACAAGAUAAAAAGAGGGGGAUGAUGAGCUUUGAUAACUUUAAAGAUAAAGAAAUAAUUGGUGAAGGUGGAUUUGGCUGUGUUUACAAAGCAAAAUAUACCCUCGAUGAAAAUUACUAUGCUAUAAAGAAGGUUCUUUUCCAGAACGACUGUGCAAGACGUGAAGUCACCUUGUUGGCAAGGCUGGAACAUCCCAACAUUGUCCGAUACCACACUUGCUGGACUGAAGAAAGAGAUAACAAGACAUAUCUGUACAUCCAAAUGAAGUUAUAUGGGAAGAAGAACUUGAAAGAUUGGAUAGAAGAUCCUAAAAACUAUCAGUCCCCGAAGAAAGAUAAUUCACUGGACAUUAUGCGUCAAUUAUUAGAUGGAGUUGAAUACAUUCAUCAGCGUGAUCUGCUUCAUCGAGACCUGAAGCCGGCGAACAUCUUCCUGACAGAAGAAACCAAGCUGGAGGCAAAGAUCGGUGACUUUGGUCUCGCUAGAGUGAAAGACAACAACCCUCUCACCAUGCACGCGGGAACAUUUCCUUACAUGAGUCCGGAACAGUUUGCACAACAGGACUACAACCAUAAGAUCGACAUCUUUGCCCUGGGGCUGAUUUUCUUUGAGCUACUGUGGAUGUAUCAUGGCACAGUAACAGAACGAAUAAAAACUUGGAAUGAUAUUCGCAAGGGAAAGUUUCGUGACAGUUUUGUUAAGGAGCAUCCCGCUGAGAGUGCCUUAAUCCAGAAAAUGCUGUCGGAGGAUCCCAAGGAACGGCCAGAGGCAGCUGAGGUGAAGCGAGAACUGGACGCUUUGUGUGUGCAAACCAACGAAGAAGACAAGGAGAAAGACAAGGCGGAAGACAAGGCGGAAGACAAGGCGGAAGACAAGGCGGAAGACAAGGAGGAAGACAAGGAGAAAGACAAGGCGGAAGACAAGGAGGAAGACCCUCCCCAGAUACCCAUCUCUGAUCAGCAACCCAAUUAACCAGCUACUUUCCUAUAGAGAAAUCUCCUCACAUUCGCUCUACAGCUCUCUUUUAAUACUUAUUUUUUACGAUAAUAGUUUCACAGCUGCACCAAGCAACGUGCGGUGUCUGCUUCUAUCAUUCCAGAUUGGUUUCUGGGGGCACCUUAACGUAAGAUUCCUAUCAAUGCAACAGGGAAUAACUUUUAAGGCAGAGCAGGUGAAAGGUCACUGAGGGUGAAUGGGAAUAUAGAUUUGAACGUACAGUCACAGAGCUUAUUAAAUGAUGGAAGGGCUGAGUAGCCUCCUAAUUCAUAUGUUUGUUUGAACAUUUCCAAGCUCACAAGGCAGCAUUAAAAAAAAAUAUUAAAUCUCUGAUAUUCAGAGAUUUUUACAAUCGAGGUAAUUUCUUUGUAAGGAUGUGAUCAUUCCCAUUCCACAGGGAGAGAAUUCCCGCUGGUGAGUCUGUCUGAGAUCCGGUGCGGGAUUCCCGUGUAGGGUUGGGACAACCCACCCAGCCAGAGCUUCGUCCCUAGACUCGGAGUUGCCACUCAGUGGGUCCCAGCUUUGUGGUAGAUCUGGGGAGGGUGGGUAUGGCAGUGUGAGUGGUUGGAAGUCACCAGACCCCUGUUGUGUAGGAAGGAACUGCAGAUGCUGGUUUAAACUGAAGAUGGACACAAAAUGCUGGAGUAACCCAGCAGGACAGUCAGCGUCUCUGGAGAAAAGGGUCUCAACCCGAAACGUCACCUAGUUCUUUUCUCCAGAGACGCUGCCUGUCCCGCUGAGUUACUUCAGCAUUUUGUGUCUACGGUUUAGACUGGCAUCUGCAGUUCCUUCCUACACAACAGGGAUCUGGUGGCUUCCAGCCACUCACACUGCCAUGCCCACCCUCCCCAGAUCUACCACCAGGCUGGGACCCACUGAGUAGCAACUCUGAGUGCCAGCAUUUUGUGUCGAUCUCCUGUUGUAUAGGUAGCCACAUCCAGCAACAUUCAGUCCAACAUCACCAGCUUCAACUUAACACUUCUCUUUUCCCCUUCCCAUCUAUCCCAACAACUCUGCCCAGGAUUCUUCCUGCAAUGAAACAAGGAACUGCAGGUGCUGGUGAAUACCCAUAAGGACACAAAGUGCUGGAGUAACUCAGCGGGACAGGCAGCAUCUCUGGAGAACAUGAAUAGGUGAUAUUUCGGGUCAAGACCCAUCUUCAGACUGGAGAUUCUUCAUGUGAACUUACUCUGCCUCUUCCCCAAACUCACGGUGUAUCCGAAAGCCGGCGGUCCUUUGGUCUGGACUUAAUUCUUCUGAGCUCCACGAGAUGGUCCUUUAUCAAAAAGCAAUAACCGUGAUGGAAAUCUAAAAUAAAAUCAGAAGAUGCUGGAAACACUCAAUGGGUCAGUCAGCAUCCGUGGAAGGAACAGCAGCGUUAACAAUUUGGAUCAAUAACAUAAAUCAGACGUGGGGAAGGUAGGAAAGCAAAUGUGUUUACAAUAACAGAGAAGGGACAGGGCUGGAGAGAACAGGGGGAAUGUUUGUGACAGGGUGGAGACUGAGAGAGACUAAAUGACACGUGGUGAUGGUGUUGGCUGGGAGAGGGUGGUCAGAGAGUAAGAAACGCAGCACAGACGGUGGCCCUUCAGCCCAUCAAGUCCACACUGACCAUCCAUUUACACGAAUCCUCGUUGAGUCGAGGAUCCCGUGGCAGAGUGGGGUGCUGACUCCAAGGUCCGGGGGUUUGGAGAUGCGUGCGUUUGGGAUCAUGCUGUUGAAGGCAGAGCUGUCGUUAAUAAAUGGGAGUCUGAUGCAAGUAUCCUUGUUAAUCCGACGUUCCGUGUGGGUGCUGGCUGGGAGAGGGUGGGGGAAUGCUUGUUGACGGUCUGCUGGAGAAUGGUGACUGCAAAUCCGUGAGGAACUGAGCACCUUCAGUGAAUCCAAAAUGGGACGUGCGGAAUUCCCAUGGACUGCCAGAGCUGGAGACAUUGGCAAGGGAAAGCUAUUGGCUGUGGAAGAGAAUUCUGGCCCACUGCUUGUUGCAAACAAGGAAUGCAGAAAAGGGAAAGGGGAGGGAAGAGAAACGAGGAAGUGCAGAUGCUGGUUUACACAAGAAGACACAAAGUGCUGGGGUAACUCAGCAGCUCAGGUAGUUUCUUCGGAGAACAUGGAUAGAUGGGUGUUUAAGGCGGGACCAUUCUUCAGACUCUUCUGGAAUUUUUUGAGGAUGUAACUAGGAAAAUGGACAAGAGAGAGACAGUGGAUGUAGUGUACCUGCACUUUCAGAAAGCAUUUUAUAAGGUCCCACAUAGAAGAUUAGUGGACAAAAUUAGAGAGCAUGGUAUUGGGGGUAGAGUGCUGACAUGGAUAGAAAAUUGGUUGGCAGACAGUGACUAGUGGGGUACCGCAAGGCUCGGUGCUGGGACCGCAGCUAUUUGCAACAUAUAAUAAUGAUUUAGAUGAAGGAAUUAAAAGUAACAUUUGCAAAUUGGCAGAUGACACAAAGCUGGGUGGUAUGUGUGAACUGUGAGGAGGAUGCUAGGAGGAUGCAGGGUGACUUGGACAGGCUGGGUGAGUGGGCAGAUGCAUGGCAGAUGCAGUUUAAUGCAGAUAAAUGUGAGGUUAUCUACUUUGUUGGCAAGAACAGGAAGGCAGAUUAUUAUCUUCCUCGUGGAGUCUGUUUCUGCAGGAGAUGUGGCCGUCACCCCAGCAGUGAUGGGAACGUCGGAAGCCUCUCCUGGCUUAUGUUUCCUUCCCCAGUCUGCACCUCCUCAGACGGACCCGUUGCAUCAAUGAGCAGCACAAGUGGUGUAGCUGGUUGAGCCGCUGCCUCAGUUCAUGCCAGGUUCAAUCCCAACCUCCGCCACUGUCAGUGGAAUUCUGUGCCACAGGAGGCUGUGGCAGUCGUCAGUGGAUAUUUUUAAGCCAGAGAUAGAUAAUAUUCUUGAUUAGUACGGGUGUCAGAGGUCAUGGGACGAAAGCAGGAGAACGGGGUUAGGAGGGGAGAUAGAUCAGCUAUGGUUGAAUGGCAGAGUAGACCUGAUGGGCCGAAUGGCCUAAUCCUCCUAUCUCUUAUGACCUAUGAGGUGUUUUGGCACGUUCUCCCUGAGACCCCUUGAGUUUCAUUGGAGCGGUCCGGAUUUCUCCCGCAUCCCAAAGAUUGGCCACUGUAACUGCCCUGGGUAUAUGGGUGAGUGGUGGAAUCGGAGGGGGAGAGUGGAUGGGAUUUGGCAGCAUGGGGAAAAUGGGGUUAAUGUAGGAUUUGGGUGGCUGAUGGUCAGUGUGGAGUUGAUGGGCUGAAGGGCCUGUUCCUGUGCUGUGACUCUAUGACCACCCUCUUCCAGCCAACACCAUCACCACGUGCCUCACCUGGCCCCAACCGAGUCACAAACAUUCCCAUUGAGCUUUCCAACCCUGCCCCUUCUCUGUGAUUUAACACACAUUGAAUUUCUAACCUUUUCCAGGGCUGAUGGGAAAUUCCUGACCCAGAGACGUUAACCGUGGCUCUCACUCCCCAGACGCUACCUGACCUGCUGAGUGUUUCUGUUUUAUAUUUUCUGUUCUUAGUUCAGAUUUCCAGCAAUUGGUGCUUCUUCUGAUUUUUGAUGGGGGAUCAUUUAGCGGAGCUGAGCGGAGCCAAGUCCCAACUAAAGAAACGGCUCUAUAAUGCACCGCAAGGUUUGGGAUGAGGCCGAACAUUUCCGUAGGGAACGAUCAGGGCAGAGAGGGUCCAUUGGUUGGGAAGGAUCUCCAUAGACACCCCAAAGACGUACAGGUUUGUAGGUUUGUUGAAAGGAACUGCAGAUGCUGGUUCACACCGAAUAUAGACACAAAAUGCUGGAGUAACUCAGCGGGUCAGGCAUCAUCCCUGGAGAAAAGGAAUAGGUGCCGUUUCAGGUCGAGACCCUUUUUCAUACUCUGAAGAAGGGUCUCGACCUGAAGCAUCACCUAGUCCUUUUCUCCAGAGAUGCUGCCUAACCCACUGAGUUACUCCAGCACUUUUUGUCUAUCUUCAGGUUUGUAGGUCAAUUGGCUUCUGUAAAUUGUCCUUAGUGAGUGGGAUAGUGCUAAUGUACGGGGUGAUCGCUGGUCAGCACGGACUCAGUGGGCCGAAGGGCCUGUGUCCACACUGUAAGUCUAAAGCUAGAAGUAUACAGCCUGCCCUGCUACUUUAUCCUUCGGCUGUUCACCUUUCUUCACCCACGGGUUUGUUUAUUUGUAAGCCGAUGAGAGUGGCAUCAGGGUUAUUGUUAUUAUCCCUGAUGAUACAUUCCCACUCUGCCUCAUCUGACCCUCAGGUUUGUAGCUUAUUUGGCUUCUGUAAAGAUUGUAAACCGUGGGAUAGUAUUAUUGUGAGGGGAUCGCUGGCCGGUGCAGACUCUGGGCUGAAUGGCCUGUUUCCGUGCUAGAAUGCUGCACGGGACCAACACAGACAAUGAAGGAUGAGUCUGAAGAACGGUCCGACCCAAAACGUCACCUAUCCGUGUCCUCCAGAGAUGCUGCCUGGUCCAUUGAGUUACUCCUGCACUUUGUGACUUCUUUUUUUGUAAAAAAGCAUCUUUGGUUCCUUGUGUAUCUACUCUCUAUGAAUGGAGAGCUGCUGGAGGAACUCCCAUGGUAAUUGUAAUUUUAUAACAUCAGAACUUUAUUGUAAAAUUGAAAUAAACAAUUUCAACAAACAAUGGCAAAAUUCAUUUGACACCGGGCAUGACGUGACCUGAUCACCAGGGUGUCCCUCAGGAGAUCUGGUUCCCCUCGGGUGCUCUGGUUCCUCCCACAUCACAGAGACGCGCUGGACGGUGGGUUAAUUGGCCGCUGAGAAUUGUUCCCUUCCCAGUUUGUGGAUGAGGGGAGAGUCGAUGAAAAUGGAGGGGGUGGGAGGAUGGGGUUAUUGUAGGAUCAGUGUAAAUGGGCGGCUCAUGGCCGGCACAGACUCUGAGGGCCGAAGGGCCUGUUUCUGCUGCUGUUUUUUCCCUGUCUACAGUGUUGGAGACUUUGUGGCACCAGGUAUUUGGAUGAUCUUUGUUAUGCUUGGAGUCGCUGCACAGACUGUUCGUAUCGGCGCUGGGUCUCACAAUUUUGCCCGCCAGUUCUCUGCUCUGAUGUUUUCUACCCCAGGGGUGGGGAGAGAUGCACGGAUAUUUCAAUAACAAAAUAGUCCAAAGACCAACUUUCUUACCAAUGUAUUUUAAUGUUGCUUUUUUGCAAUUUCUUAUAAAAUAGACAAUAAUUUUUCAUUCUGAUUUGACAUGAUUAGCGCGGUUACGCAGAUGAAUGAAUUUCAUCCUUUCCAGAUAAAAGUUAUUUUAAAAAUAUUAGCACAGUCUGAGGCAGGAGAAGCCCCUUUGCCCCAUCCAGGUCCCAUAUUCAGUGUUCCAGCACUCAUUCUAACAAGCCAGCACAUCAGCAGUGAACAAGGACCAGUCUAAUGGCCUCUAGAAUCCCAGCAAGCCUGGUUUUAUCUCACAACCAAGCCAGCCUCAUGUAGUCACGUCUCUUU